AUGAUAAAGAUGGGUAGAUCGUACAUCUGCGCACAUUUCGGAGAUUAUUUUGCAUCUCAUGAUACUCGCCUUCAGCAUAUCGUACUUGAAGGCCUUUCCCACUGCCGUCUUUCCUGCUUUCCCACGGACCUCAUUGGAUGCAUGGUGUGUUUGGCUGGACGUGGAUUCCUCUAUGCCUUCAAGGCAGUGGCGUUCUUUAUUCCAUUUCUUCAGUGCCACAACAGAGUCACGGCUUCAUGGCCAGAGGUCAAACGUAAUUUUACGCUCGAACUCAGCCGUAGUGGCGUGGCAACUGCUAGAUAA